GCAAUGGUUUCACGGAGUCCAAGAGGGUCUUGGUGCUUUCUAUCUCUCUACAUUUGCCUGGCUGUGUGCGUGUAUUGGACACAGGCUGUUCCAGAUUUCACAGUGUACCUGCAUACGAUCCUGAGGAACCACACUACACAUGGCUGCGAAGGCGAGACCCUCUCGGUCACAUGUCCCUCCAGGACCGCUGUGGCCGUCCUGUCCGCCUUCUACGGACGCCGCGUACCGAGCGAGAACUUGUGUCCUUCGGCGGACGCAAACAGAAUCGGCGAGAGCACAGACUGCUCGUCCUCUGUGGCGGUUCAGAAAGUGAUGGACGAAUGUCAGGAUCGAGUGUCCUGCCAUAUCCCGGUUAUCAGCCAUGUGUUUGGCCUGGACCCCUGCCCUGGCACUAGCAAGUACCUCAUUGUGUCCUACAAGUGCCGCCCAGAGCACCACAGCAGCAAGACGGUGUGUGAGAAUGAGAGGCUGCAGCUGGAGUGCAGGAACAACACAGUGCUGGCCAUCUACUCUGCAACUUUUGGACAUCUACUGCAGGGGAGCAGCGAAUGCCCCCAGCAGGGCGCCGCUGCACCAGACAUGGACUGCCUGUCCCCUACGGCUCUGAGGAGGGUAUCACGCAGAUGUCACGGCAGGACAAACUGUUCUGUGCUGGCAGACACACAGGGCUUUGGGGACCCCUGUUUCCCUGGGGUGAGGAAGCACCUGCACGUGUCCUUUACAUGCGUACCUAGAUACCUCUUGGAGGAUGUGGGACGUGGGUCCUCUGACCCCUUCCUGAUCUCUGACUACACACACGGCGGCUGGUAUACUGGCCCAGGAGUAUCUAGGCCUCCCCAAAACAUGGUGCUCUUUACCAACUCUCUGGAAAUCUUUGACCAGAUCAGGGGUCUCCCGGAGAAGGUGGCUCUGUACUUCGUGUCUGGCAUCUGUGCUGGCUUGGCCUUCCUGCUGUGCCUGUUCGGUGUCAAGUCAACGCUGGCGAGGGACAUUAAGAUCCUGAUCUCUGAGUUUCGGAGAGGGUCCAAGGACACCCAGGACCCCGGCCUUGAGAUGAUGGAGGACAUAAACGAUGACGCCUCCUCGGACUCCUCCUACCGCCGCCUCACACAGUCCUACCGCUUAGCCGAGAUCUUCGGCCCGGAGUUGACGGUGGAGAUGGCGGAACAGCAGGAACAGAAGGAGCUGCCGAACGGGAGUAUCUGGCCACACAGGGACUCCAGCCCUUACGCAAUGCAUAAGAUCAAGGCAGCCACCGCCUGAGUGACCACACUGA